AUGGAAGCUGUAAGCGUAACAUUGCAAGAGUUAUCUGCCGGCCUCGAUGCUUCGACACUCACAGAGGCUUUUGGUCCUGAAUCUUUAGGGAUUCUCAUCGUGAAAGACCUUCCGCCAAAAUUCCAUGAGCUUCGAGAAAGGGUUCUUCGUGGCAUAUCGGUGUUAGCGCAUCUACCUGAGGAGGAAUUGGCAAAACUUGAAAAGCCUGAAUCAACGUGGCUUACAGGAUGGUCACGCGGGAAGGAGAUUCUUGCAUCUAGCGGGCUUCCAGAUUUCAACAAGGGCUCUUUUUAUGUCAACUGUGCAUUCCACAAACUGAGCCAUCUUGAGGGCCCCGAACCCGAGAUGGCCGCUGCAUUUGAGGAUUUCGCAAGUUACACAAGCCCCAACGUCUGGCCGUCAAAGCUGGAGGGACUAUCUACGUUCAAGGAAGAUACGAAGGAAUUGUGCAAUUUGAUCAUCGAUGUGGCAGAGAAGGUAGCAGAGAACUGCGACAGAAUGCUUUACACUAUUGAUCCGGCACACCAAGAGAACAAAAUUGCAUCGUUGGUUAAAAGCUCCACCUGCUCCAAAGCCCGACUCUUACACUACUACCCUACAGAGACAGAAUCAGACGAGUGGUGCGGCGAGCAUCUUGACCAUUCUUGCAUCACUGGGUUGACCAGCGCCCUUUUCAUUGAUGAGAGGCUGGGGAAAACGUUGGACGUGUGUCCAGACCCUUCGGCCGGUUUGUAUAUCCGUGACAGGAAAAACAAGGCGACAAAAAUAGAAAUUCCCGUUGAUUGUCUUGCUUUUCAAACCGGGUCUGCUCUUGAAGAGAUCUCGCGCGGAAAGUUCAAGGCUGUUCCACAUUAUGUGCGCGGAGCGAAAUCUGAAUCUGUUUCGCGCGAAACCUUGGCGGUUUUCUGUCAGCCCAAUUUGCAUGAGAUGGUGAAUGGAAAAGAAAACUUUGCUCAGUUUGCUCAGCGGAUCGUGGCUUCGCACCACUGA